AUGGACAAAAGUUGGAUGGAGAAGCGGAGGGGUACAAGGGAAUAUUUUGAAGGUGUAAACCAAUUCGUGGAAUUUGCUGCUCCAUCCGCGUGCAAUGGGAACAUCUUAUGUCCUUGUGUGAAAUGUGUGAAUUUGCUUAUACAACCGUUAAAUGUGGUACGUGAGCACUGUUGGGCUUCGGGGAUGCUUAAAAAUUACAAAGUUUGGAAAUUUCAUGGUGAAUCGGCGGCUGCUACGCCAGCUACCGAAUGUGGGAGCUCUCAUGUGCAAGAAACCCAAAAUCCAUAUGGUGAUUUCCAUGGGAUGUUGCACGAUUUGUGCCCCCCGCAUGAAAUCCCACCCGAACCAAUGGAAGAAGGUCCAACUGCGCAAUGUCCGGGUGAAGGUCCGAAUGAUGAUGCCAAGAAGUUUUACAAGAUGGUAGAUGAUGUAGACAAACCUUUAUAUGAAGGUUGUACAAAAUUUAGCAUUUUCUCAGCCAUUGUCGUGUUGUUCCAGUUGAAGACUCUGUGUGGUUGGACAAAUAAGUCAUUUACUCUGUUGCUUCAAGUCCUGAUGGAUAUGCUUCCUUUAGACGCUAAGUUGCCAAAGGACCAUUAUGAGGCUAAGAAGAUAGUUCGAGAUUUGGGUUUGGGUUAUGAGAAGAUCCAUGCUUGUCCCAAUGAUUGUAUGCUGUUUUGGAAGCAAAAUGUUAACCUCGAGGCGUGUCCUUGUUGUAAAGCUUCAAGGUGGAAAACAAAUGAGGCAUCUGUUGCUAGUAAGCAUGCUUCAUCCAGUAAGGGGAAGAAGAAAGCUGCGAAGAUCCUACGGUGA